GGGGUUAGAGAAAAGGACCCAACGCGAUCCAAACUUCCGGUGUCUGCGGAGAACCGAGCGGCUGUGGUACAGAUAGAGGCUGCACAGAGAGUGGCUGCACGGCCGGAGGCUGCAGGGCGGACGCGCGGCCCGGCGCAGCCAUGGUGAAGAUCAGCUUCCAGCCCGCGGUGGCCGGUAUCAAGGGCGACAAGGCCGACAAGGCUUCGGCCUCGGCCUCGGCCUCGGCCCCGGCGCCCGCCCCAGCCGCUGAGAUCCUGCUGACGCCGUCUCGGGAGGAGCGGCCCCCCUACCACCGCUACAAGAAGGGGAGCUCUGUGGGCGGCCUGUGCUACCUGUCGAUGGGCAUGGUCGUGCUGCUCAUGGGCCUGGUGUUCGCCUCUGUCUACAUCUACAGAUACUUCUUCCUCGCUCAGCUGGCCCGAGACAACUUCUUCCACUGCGGCGUCCUCUACGAGGACUCCCUGACCUCGCAGGCCCGCACCCGCAUGGAGCUGGAGGAGGACGUAAAGAUCUACCUCGAGGAGAACUACGAGCGCAUCAAUGUGCCGGUGCCCCAGUUUGGGGGCGGUGACCCUGCAGACAUCAUCCACGACUUCCAGCGGGGUCUCACUGCCUAUCACGACAUCUCCCUGGACAAGUGCUAUGUCAUUGAGCUCAACACCACCAUCGUGCUGCCCCCUCGCAACUUCUGGGAGCUCCUCAUGAAUGUGAAGAGGGGUACCUACCUCCCACAGACGUACAUCAUCCAGGAGGAGAUGGUGGUCACGGAGCAUGUCAGUGACAAGGAGGCCCUGGGCUCCUUCAUCUACCACCUGUGCAGCGGGAAGGACACCUACCGGCUGCGGCGCAGGGCCACCCGGAGGCGGAUCAACAAGCGAGGGGCCAAGAACUGCAACGCCAUCCGCCACUUCGAGAACACCUUCGUGGUCGAGACGCUCAUCUGCGGGGUGGCGUGAAGCCCCGCCCCUCCCUCCAGGCCCCGCCCCUUCCCUCUUCCAUUUUCUCUUCUGGCCACUCUGGCCCUUCCCCUUGCUUAGCUUGUACUUUGGACGCCUUUCCAUAGAUGUGACGUGUCUUCCCGUUUCUCUCCAGCCCUGCCCGCCUCCCUGUACCAGAGCUGUGACCUCUCAAGGCCUCACCCUCUGCUGACCUGAGUCUGGGGAUGGAGGGGGCGCCCCAAGAUGGUUUCUGUGACCACCAUCUUGAGGUCAGGUCCCCGGGGGCCUGGCCCACAGCUGCAUUGGCAGCCCAAGGGGGAGGACUGGAGGGAACGGCCAGGCAUGCUGGGGCUCUGGCGAGGGGCGGGCUGGGGGCGGGGGGUGGA